AUGGCUUUCAUGGUGAAGCACAUGAUCGGCGGGCAGCUGAAGGACCUGACGGGCGGAUUAACGGAGGAGAAGUCGGAUGGAGAGAAAGGCGAAGCGGCCGCUCAAGGCAUGACAGAAGAGGAGUAUGAGCAAUACCAACAGCAGCUGGAGGAGGAGAAGCAAGAACGAGAUGCCAGUUUUGCCCAAAAGAAGGCGGAAAGAGCCACCGUGAGAACUCACUUCAGGGAAAAAUACAAACUCCCAAAGAACGAGGUGGACGAGACCCAGAUCCAGGCUGCGACUCAGGACGUGGAGCUACCAACAGAGCUGGCAAAGAUGAUCGCAGAGGACAACCAGGAGGAAAAGGACAAGCUCUCGGUGCUCGGGCAGCUGUCUAACAUCCAGAACGUGGACAUCGACCACCUGAAGGACAAAGCACAGGCCACGCUGGAGGAGCUGAAAAACUCCGCAGAGAAGUGCUCGCUCAUGUGAACUUC